UGCAUGUCACUUAUUAACGUAACGUGCUAGUGAACUGUUCUGUUUUUUAGAGUCUAUUUUAAGUUCUACUGUUCAAGAUCACUUCGUACAAAGUACGAAAAUGAGUGGGUCAGCUGAAGAAAACAUGGUCGCUGUCAAGGAAACCUCUAGUUCUAGCUCAGAGAGGCCUCUGGCAGGCUCCGUCCUCCCAGAUGAGUCUAAGCAGUGCCAAAGUGAAUCUGGAUCUUUGACCAAAGCAGUGCAUGCUGACGAUGCGGAUAGGCGUGAUCUCACUGAACCGAGAAACAUUGGAGCCGAUCCUGCUGGUGACUGCAAAGAUAGAGAGAAGAAAGAUUGCCUGGAUUGUCGCAACUGCCAGUGCCACAAGGGCUGUGCCUCUGAGAGCAUCAAAAGGAGGUGUUCCACUUCUGACAUUGCUAGCAUAUUAGCCGCUAACCCUUUCCCACUUAAGAAAACUCUGACCAGCGGCAAAAGCCUGGAAAAAAUAGACCGCAUAAACUUGGCCAACCUAGUGUUCAACCCAAAUUUCAAGAACAGCGCCGGUUGUGUCAACCUUCCCGUUAUCAGAGCUGGGCAGAACUUGGCGCAAAAGAAUGCACAGCGUUCAACCUCUAAAGAUGUCAACAACAACCUUCCCGACUUGAACCAGCAGGCCGCUAUGGAUUUGUUGGCCCAACAACUUCAACCUCAGUCUCUUGACAAACUGAACGUCAAACUACAGCAGUUGGCAAGACAGAGGAGGCUUGGGUCAGGAUCGGCAUCCGACCUUGAUACCGGGAAUGACGUGUCUGACUUGCUUCAGAGCCUUGCUGCAAAGAAUUCAGGGCCUAACCAGAACAACGCUCUGCGCUACAAGACCGAGCUCUGCCGCAGCUACGAAGAAGGCGGAGAAUGCAGAUUUGGUGCUGCCUGCACCUUCGCCCACGGGCCAGAGGAGCUCAGGCCUGUUCCUCGCCACCCGCUUUACAAGACGGAGUUUUGCCGCACUUAUCACCAGCAUGGCUACUGCCAAUACGGCACGCGAUGUCACUUCAUCCACGACAUCGAAGAGGCCGACCGUAGUGCCCCUCUUAGGGGUUGCAAGUCAUGGGGUCGUCAUGACAAGCUGAGUGGUGCUCUCCUGUCACUGGCCUCAUCCUCUGGCCUUUUAGACAGUGACGGUAAACAAGUUUCGCCUUCUGAAAACGAUGUGCUCCUCGCCAACCUCAGGAGGCUUUACGCACUGCGCAUGAUGAAUUGCCAGGAAAAACAGGCUCAGGAUCUGAACUCGCACUUCUCGAUGUCUCAGCCUAUGGCCCACCAACUUGCUUUGGCCCAUCAACAGUUGACUUCUGGUGCUCCCCAGCACCUGCCUUUAUCCAUGACUCAACCUUUACCCAUGGAAGCUUUGCAAAUGGGUUUGCAGCGAGCCGGUCAGAGGGCCUCUCACAUGGUCUCAAACAACCGCAUUGACUCACUUGCCAGCGACUACAGUGGCUGGAGCAUGGCGCCCUCUUCACCCUCCUACCCUGGUCUGUCUCCUUUCGGCAGCUACCAGCAAUUUUCACCUUUGCCUCACCAUCAGGCCCAGGCAUACCAGCAGUAUCCGUUCAGUGCUACAGCUCCAGAUCUCUCGGCUGCUUUGGCUAACUCCAACCCGUACGGGAUGUCCCAACAAAGUUUUGCCAACACGGUGAAUGUAGCACACAUGCUGCCAGAGCAUGCCUACGCAAACGUGAAUAAAGGCGCUUCCAAUGGAAACUCCGCACCUGUCCAGAUGCCCAAUCAAGUGUGGCCUGCUACUUCAUCGGAAGUCCCAAGCGUGAUCGACAAGGAACUUUUUGGUUUUGGUCUCGAGUCUCAGAACCAGAACGGUGCACCUUCCUACCCAGGUUACCCUCAACACCAGUAUUACCAGAGCAACGCCAACUAUGGCAAGCAGUCGUCUUCGAACAUCACAGGUGUAUACGGUGAACCUUCGUCGAAGCAACGCAGUUCGGAACCUGACUUGUUGAGCCUUAUCAACAAGUCGGACAAGUACAUGAGCGACUCGAAGGGCUUGAAGACUAUCAACGAAGUCAGUGAACCGAGAGACCAAAGUGUAAGACCGAAGUCUUCGCUGAAGCAUCACCACCAUAUGAACGUAAUGAAUUCUAUGUCAUAGCCGUGCAUAUGCCAGCUAAACUUAAGUGACCUUGAACGCGUUAAUGGAACAUAAGACUAAUUUCCCGACAUCCUGUGUAGGUGCAUCAAGUGUCCCUUUAAUUUCCUUAUUUUUUAUUCCCACUAAGGUUUUAAAAUUAUCCUUCUUAACCUGAAUUCUUUAUGUACGUAAAUUUCUACGACUUUUAAUACCUAUCUCUGAGUAAAUUUGUCUGGUAGACUUAAAGGGAGUCUAAAUUAUUCUUAUUCGGAUAAACAACUUUUUUGCAAAGCUAGAUAUUUUUAAACUACUUGUGUAGCUAUUUCAAAUAUAUUAAAUGUGAUUUUCCUUAAGUUUAUGCUCAUAUUUUGGGUAGGUGUAUUUUACUCUUAGACUCGUUGGAUACUGGUAAAUUUUAUUGGCUUAGGCUUGACCUCGAAUGCUAUACUAUUGAUGAGAAUUAUCCUUGUAUUAAUUUAAUUUUGUUGUAAUGGCUUGAUUUUCAUAAAUUUG